AUGACCAAUCGAAUACGGCAAUCUGCUAACAAUGACAGUCGACCGUCUCCACUACGCUUCCUUGGAACGGCUCUGGCAUUCAGUGUCCUGCUGUUAGCCUUUCAUGUCAAAGCGGAUACCGAGGUUCCUCAGUUCCAUCAGCGUGUCCAAGCAAGUCCCUUUGAGUUUUCCACUUUGGAUUUCAUUCUGUUUGGAGCCUUUAUCUUGCUAGCAUUUGAGUUGCUGCAGUUCUUGGUUCAGAAUUCUGGAGACUGGCUAGGUGCCAAAAAGAUCCCUGUGAGAGGACAGCAUUUGGAUGACUUUAGAACUUUGGAUCAUACAUUCAUUAGCUUCAACAAGUUGGCAACAGUUCCGUUUGUUUACUUCUUCUUUCGCUACGCCUACUUUGAGCCAAACGUCAUAUGGGAUUUGGACAACAUCACCUUGUACAAUUCAGUGAUACCAGUUCCGGUUUUGAUCAUCGUCUAUGACUUCUUCUACACGAUCCUUCAUUGGGCUCUCCACAUCAAAGCCAUCUAUGGGUACAUUCACAAACAUCAUCAUCGCCAAAAGGCACCCAGCCGUGCCAACGCGGAUGCAGUCAAUGUCCACCCAAUUGAAUUCUUUUUGGGUGAAUACAACCACCUGAUGGCACUCUUUUUGUGCUGUCGUUGCCUCAAUAUUCAAUUCCACGUUCUUGGGUGCAUGCUAAUGAUAGCCGUGGGUGGGGUGUUGGCGGGUCUCAACCAUACACGAUACGAUAUCGUCAUUUCGAUACUGGGUCUCCACAUCUAUGAUUCCAAAGUUCAUGAUGUUCAUCACCGUGUUCCCCAAAGCAACUAUGGACAAUACAUAAUGCUAUGGGACUACGUUUUUGGUUCCUAUCGGCCAUAUGAUUCAACAGAUCGAGUCAACAAAAUGUCCCAGCUUGAUCCAAAAACUGGAAAGUCCUUGGCACACAUGAAGAGGUUGGAGAAGCAGAAGCUGUAG